AUGCAUGCCCAAACGCCGCCAACCAUAGAUUUCCAGAUCCUCAGGUCCGAAACAAACAGGCUAAUAUCAGAAAUACAGGCACGCCAUGCUCUAGAUAGCACCCAUCACACAGAUGCAAAUUUGAAUGCUGAAGAAAUGCUUCUCAAUAUCUGGCGGGAUUUGCAAGCCGGUGAGCAUGAUCCAUGCGAGCUUGCUCUUGGAAUAGGUGAUCAAUACUAUCCAAAUAGUAGGCAUACAACUACGCUCCUGAUCGCAUUCUAUCUCCUUGAGAAUGGCCUUGACGAUGUUCUUGAUGUGUUGAUAUCUGAGAUGCAGGAUGAAAAAGAUGUGCUAAUAAAAGUCAAAGCCAGCUAUGCAUACUUCAAAAAGAUGGCUUUGCAAAUAGAAGAUGGUGUUUUUAUUCUUUUAAAGGAGUUUAUUAGCAAAGAUGCACCAAACGCUCUUGGAUUGCAGGCAAGCCUAUAUGAGUUCCUGGUCUUAAUUCACAAUGGAAAGCCAGACCAGGCAUUGAGAUCCUGCCUUAAUGAAGUAAAGGCAUACUACCCAUUACAUUCCCAGAAAAUCAAGCAUAUACUUAGAUUCAUAGUUGAUCCUACAAACAUCGAAACAGUGCUUGAGGCAAGCAAAAAAAGAUUGAUCGAAGCACUCAAGAUACAAUACUUCCGAGCAGAUGAUAUCCCGAGCAGAUGCCAUCUUAGAAAUCUUUUCAUGACAGGAACCUGCGCAUUGAAACAGCUCCUGGAAUCCGGUGAAUUACUGAUUGACCAAGAAGAAUGCACUCUUCCUGUAGAGAUACAGCUGCACAAAGAAUCAUACUACCACUCUCUUUUUGUAUGCCCCGUACUCAAAACUCUGUGCACCAAAAGCAACCCUCCUUGCAUGCUAGAAUGUGCACAUGUAAUCUCUUUUGACGCAGCCACUGUGCUUUCUAGAGAAGGCGCAUCAAGCAGCUUCAAAUGUCCUUAUUGCCCAGAAUCUUCUAGGUAUGAAAAUGUAGUGAAGCUCAAUAUAGAUUAG